GAAAGGCAAAAGAAGCCGCCUAACACCGAAAAGGAAAGGAAAAUAAACAGAUAAAAGUAGCUUAGAUUGCUGUAGUGUUGACCCUUGCAAGUUGCAAACAAGUAUGUAUGUCUUCUUUCUUCUUAUAUCUUAACGGUGAAGUUCAUCAACCCUUUACUUGUGAGUCACAUACUGUAUCGUGAGUACUGAAUAGUGAAAUGGGAACCCCACAAGAAGAAGAAGGAGAAGAGGUUCUGAAAAAGAUAGAACGCCUAGAAGCUGGUCACGCUCACCUCAAGCAAGAAAUGUCCAACCUCAAGCUCCUCCAAGACAACAGGUCUCGUUCAAGGUUGGCUUCUGCCACGUGUAACAAGCCCUCUUCUUCUUCUCUGCAUCAAAAUGAUACCAACUAUCUCAACAUCUUGCAGUCAAUGGGCCACUCUGUUCAUGUAUUGGAUCUUCAAUGUCGUAUCAUAUACUGGAACCCUAGUGCUGAAAAUCUGUAUGGUUAUGCAGCAGAAGAAGUUCUUGGGCGGGAUGGGAUUGAGAUGCUUGUGGAUCACAGGGAUUUUGCCUUAGCAAAUGAUUUAUUCAACCAUGUCAAAAUGGGAGAGAGUUGGAGGGGCCAGUUCCCUGUUAAGAAUAAGAAAGGGGAUAGGUUCUAUGCUGUGGCUACCAAUACACCUUUCUAUGAUGAUGAUGGAAGCUUGGUUGGCGUUAUUUGUGUCUCAUGUGAUUCCCGGCCCUUUCUUGAAGCCACAGUUCCCUUUUCAGGUGGAAAGAAUGCAGAAUUGGAUUCGGGUUCGAACGGUGUUAGGAGUAGCAUUAGUGAUAAACUUGGCCUUGACUCACAGCAGCCACUUCAAGUUUCUCUGGCAUCAAAAAUUUCAAAUUUGGCGUCAAAGGUGAGUAACAAAGUUAAGUCUAGAAUCCGGACGGGAGAUAAUAAUGUCAUUCGUGAAGGUGGGAGCGGAGGAAGUCAUCAUUCUGAGCAUAGUUUCUCGGAUUGUGCACUUUCUGACCAGAGAGAUGAUGGUAAUUCAAGUGGAGCUAGCACACCCAGAGGAGAAGUGCUAAAAUCUCCUUUUGGCGUAGUUUCUCGUGUCGAAGGGAAGUCACAAGGAAACACUAUGAGAGACUUGGGUGAUCAAGGUGAAGGAAAACCUAUUCACAAGAUGAUAACUUCUAAGGCUGAAACAUGGAUUCAAAAGAAAACAUCAUCAUGGCCUUGGAGAACAAAUGAUCAGGAAGGAUCUGAGGCUAGGGAUGUUCGUGCUGCUUGGCCUUGGUUGCAGUCACAGGGUGAUCAAGAGAACGAGUCAAUUAAUCAGAAGAAUCUUUCUUCUGGGUUGAAGCAAGAAAGUCAGGCCGGUGAAAGUAAUCGUCCUCUUAACAGUGAGGCUUCAGGAUCCUGGUCCUCCUUUAUUAAUGUUAACAGCACAAGUAGUACCAGCAGCUGUGGGAGUGGCAACAGUUAUGCUGCCAAUAAUAAAGUGGAUGUUGACUCUGAUUGCUUGGAUUAUGAAAUUUCGUGGGAGGAUCUGACAAUUGGAGAACCAAUUGGACAAGGUUCUUGUGGAACUGUAUAUCAUGCUCUGUGGUAUGGAUCGGAUGUUGCUGUCAAGGUUUUCUCAAAGCAAGAAUACUCAGAUGAUGUGAUACUAUCUUUCAGACAAGAGGUGUCUCUCAUGAAAAGACUUCGUCAUCCAAAUGUUAUUCUCUUUAUGGGGGCUGUGACUUCACCUCAACAUCUAUGCAUUGUAACAGAGUUUCUCCCACGGGGAAGCUUGUUUCGUUUGCUUCAGAGAAACACAUCCAAACUUGAGUGGAGACGGCGAAUUCAUAUGGCCUUAGAUAUUGCACGAGGUGUAAAUUAUCUUCAUCAUUGCAACCCCCCAAUCAUCCAUCGAGAUUUGAAGUCUUCAAAUAUUCUAGUUGAUAAGAAUUGGACUGUGAAGGUUGGUGAUUUUGGUCUUUCGCGUCUUAAGCAUGAAACAUAUCUCACUACUAAGACAGGAAAGGGCACGCCUCAAUGGAUGGCACCAGAAGUUCUUCGUAAUGAACUGUCAGAUGAGAAGUCUGAUGUUUACAGCUUUGGGGUGUUAUUGUGGGAACUUGCAACUGAAAAGAUCCCUUGGGAUACUCUCAACCCAAUGCAGGUUAUUGGAGCUGUAGGGUUUAUGAACCAUCGGUUAGAAAUUCCAGAAGAUGUUGAUCCGCAGUGGGCUUCUAUAAUUGAGAGCUGCUGGCACAGUGAUCCUGCUUGCCGACCAACAUUUCAAGAACUGGUGGAAAGGCUUAGAGAACUGCAGAGACAAUAUGCAGUUCAAUUCCAUGCAGCUCGAUCUGCUGUCGAUGAAAGCACUCAAAAGGAGUUCUAGCCAGCAGUCACAAAUUUUGAGCAUGUUUCUUCUUUUUGUCAAAAACAGGCUGGUGCAUAAGGAUUUUUUUGUAUAUACAAUACAAAACAUUCCUGAGAUGUGUUGGUACAAAUAGCUGGUUUUGGAGUUUGAAGCUUUGCUGGUUCAACAAUUGUCUAGGUAUCAUCAUAUAAGUAGGAAGAUGGUUACCAAACUAUUUUAGCAUUUGAUGUUUCAGCACAGAAGUUCUUAAACUAAUAAGUGAUGCAUUAUGUUUGUGGAGUCUUAUAAAUAGGUUUCUAUUGUCAUCCUUGUAGUUUUAUAUGGAAAAUGUUUGUACUUGUACCACUUUUGGUUGUAUAGGAAGUUGGGAGAAAAAGAAAAACAGAAAUCAGUGUAGGCAAUGAAGUAAGAGAAAAUAGUAGAAAGGGAGGGAAUUUGAGAAUUUCUGAAAUUGUAUUUGUAUGAGUUUGUUGAUUACAUGAGAACUUUCAUUUUAUUACCAUAGACUGGAAAUAAGAAAGUUCAUAAACUUUUUUUUUUA